UACACAGACACAUGAUCAGUUGGUAGGAACUAAGAGAUCUGAAGAGAGAGAGAGAGAGAGAGAGAGAGAGAUGGCAGGGCAGGGAGGUUUCCUCAUUACUACAACCAAAACCCAUGAGUGGAGGGAGAUGGCCCUUACAGCUACAGUAGAAACUCUUCUUACCAGAGAGCCAUAAUUGAUGUUUCCAAGAGGAUGAUCAACGAAGCCAUCAAAGAAAAGCUUGACUUAGAGAACACUUACUUUAAUGCUACUAAAACAAUUAAGAUAGUAGAUUUUGGUUGUUCUGUUGGACCAAACACAUUCUUUGCAGUAGACAACAUUAUAGAAGCUAUAGAAUUCAAAUAUCGAGAUCAAAAAAUAUUAGUUAGCUCGAAGAAUCUAGAAUUUCAAGUAUUUUUCAAUGAUCAUGUUGAGAACGACUUCAACACACUCUUCAAGACUCUUCAUUUCCCUCCUAAAUAUUUUGCUGCCGGUGUGCCUGGUAGUUUUUACCUUCGUUUAUUUCCACAGUUUAGCAUCCAUUUUGCUUACACUUCUUAUUCACUCCACUGGUUAUCUAAGAUUCCAAAAGAAAUUAUAGAUAAAAAUUCUAUUGCAUAUAAUAAAGGCAUCAUACAAUGUUCUGGCCUCAAUAAGGAAGUAGUUAAGGUGUACGCAUCUCAAUUGAAGAAUGACCUAAACAUAUUCUUAAAUGCAAGAGCCCAAGAGCUUGUACCUGGAGGUUUGAUGGUAAUUCUUACAUUAGUUUUGCCAAAUGGUGUUCUAAUGUCUGAGACUGCAAUGGGUAUAUCUUAUGAUUUCAUUGGAUCUUGCUUGAUGGACAUGGCCAACUUGGGAUUAAUUAAUGCAGAGAAAGUAGACUCAUUCAACUUACCUUUAUACUUUCCACAUAUUACUGAACUGAAGGAGUUGAUCGAGAAAAAUGGAUAUUUCAGCAUUGAAAGAUUCGAGCCUUUGGACAAUCCAAUGAAAAGUAAGCCGUUCGAAUCAAAACAUUUUGCUGUUUUGCUAAGAUCAACUCUAGAAGGAGUUAUAAGGGCGCACUUUGGAGACAUUAUUGUAGACAAAAUUUUUGAAUACCUUGCUCAAAAAUUUGAAAAUGAUCCUCUCAUCUUUGACGAGGAUUCCUUUAAAAAUACAGAAUUAUUUAUUUUACUUAAGCGAAAUGUUAAUUAGCAAAUAAAAUAAAGCCCAAUUUUUGUUUAA